AUGGGAGUUGAAGUAUACCACAACUUGAAGUCUGUCAUCAAGAAGAAGUACGGUCAAGAUGCAACCAAUGUUGGUGAUGAAGGUGGCUUUGCUCCCAACAUCCAAGAGAACAAGGAAGGACUUGAGUUGCUUAAGACAACCAUUGCUAAAGCUGGAUGCACUAAAGAAGUUGUCACUGGAAUGGAUGUUGAUGCCUCCGAGUUUUACGGAUCAGAUAAAACCUAUGGCUUGAACUUCAAAGAAGAGAACAACAACGGAGCAACAAAGAUCUCCGGUGAGAAAUUGAAGGAUCUGUACAAAUAA